GGUCCGUCCGCCCCGGCGGCCCCGGGGACAUGGUGCCGGGAUGGCCCGGCCCGCCGAGACCUUCCCGCUGCACCGGCUCGUCUGGCACAACCGGCACCAGGCGCUGGACAGCGCCCUGCGCGCGGGGACGCACGACGUGGAGCUGACAGACCCACGUGGCCGGACGCCCCUGGAGCUGGCCGUGUCUCUGGGCCACCUGGAGUCAGUGCGGGUGUUGCUGAGGCACAACGCCAACGUGGGCCGGGAGAAUGCCAACGGAUGGACGGUGCUUCAGGAGGCGGUGAGCACGGGGGACCCCGAGAUGGUGCAGCUGGUGCUACAGUACCGUGACUACCAGCGGGCAACGCGGCGCCUCGCCGGCAUCCCCGAGCUACUCAGCAAACUGCGGCGGGCAUCCGACUUCUACGUGGAGAUGAAGUGGGAGUUCACAAGCUGGGUGCCCCUGGUGUCCAAGGUGUGUCCCAGUGACGUGUACCGAGUGUGGAAGCGCGGGGAGAGCCUGCGGGUGGACACCACCCUGCUGGGCUUCGAGCACAUGACGUGGCAGCGCGGCCGCCGCAGCUACAUCUUCAAGGGGGAAGAUGAAGGGGCCGUGGUGAUGGAGGUGGACCACGACAAGCAGGUGGUGUACACGGAGACGCUGGCACUGGCCCUGCACGAGCCUGAGCUGCUGCUGGCCGCCAUGCAGCCCACCGAGGAGCACGUGGCCGGCCGGCUCACCUCACCCAUCGUCUCCACACACCUGGACACCCGGAAUAUCGCCUUCGAGAGGAACAAGUCUGGGAUCUGGGGCUGGCGAUCAGAGAAGAUGGAGAUGGUCAGUGGCUACGAGGCCAAGGUGUACAGUGCCAGCAACGUGGAGCUGGUCACCAAGACCAGGACGGAGCAUCUCUCUGACCAGGACAAGUCACGCAGCAAAGGCUCCAAGACCCCCUUCCACUCCUUCCUGGGCAUCGCACAGCAGCACGGCACCCACAAUGGGACACCUGUCCUGCAGGCUGCCAGCCCCACCAACCCCACAGCCAUCACCCCCGAGGAGUAUUUUGACCCCCACUUCGACCUGGAGACCCGCAACAUUGGGCGCCCCAUCGAGAUGUCCAGCAAGGUGCAGAGGUUCAAGGCGACGUUGUGGCUGUGCGAGCAGCACCCACUGUCACUGGCGGAGCAGGUGACGCCCAUCAUUGACCUCAUGGCCAUCUCCAACGCCCACUUUGCCAAACUGCGUGACUUCAUCACCCUCAAGCUGCCCCCUGGCUUCCCCGUCAAGAUCGAGAUCCCCCUGUUCCACGUGCUCAACGCCCGCAUCACCUUCAGCAACCUGUGUGGGUGUGACCAGCCGCUGGGCUCCGUGCGGAUCUGUGCCCCUCAGGAGCCCUCCGCAUGGCCGUUCCCGUGUGAGGUGGAGGCGGGAGUGUUCGAGGUGCCAGCAGGGUACACGGUGCUGGGCGCAGGGCGCAGCGAGCCCCUGCGGGAUGAGGACGAUGAUCUGCUUCAGUUCGCCAUCCAGCAGAGCCUGCUGGACGCCGGCACCGAGACCGACCAGGUGACCAUCUGGGAGGCGCUGACCAACACCCGCCCCGGCGCGGAGCCGCCGCCCUACGAUGAGGACCUGCAGCUGGAAAGGGCCCUGCAGGAGAGCAUGCUGCUGCAGGCUGGGCCCAGCGCGGAGCCCCCGGCCGCCGGGAGCCCCCCCGGAGCGGGCGGCGGGAGCCCCCCGGGCCCCCCCGGGUACGGCAGCUUCGCGGAGCAGCUGCGCCUGGCCAUGGCGCUGUCGGAGCGGGAGCAGGAGGAGCGGGAGCGGCGGCGGAGGGAGGAGGAUGAGGAGCUCCAGCGCAUCCUGCGCCUCUCCCUCACCGAGAAGUAG